CUGCGGGCACUACUGGCCCCACUCCUUUCGGCGCAGGCGCGCUUCUUCCUUCUGUGCGCUCUACUGAGUGUUUGUAUUGUGUCUGAAUUGCCGGCGAGCUUUAAAAAAUAUUAUACCCACCGCGGCAAUGUCGGGCAGGUCGGUCCGAGCCGAGACCCGGAGCAGGGCGAAAGAUGACAUCAAGCGGGUUAUGGCGGCUAUUGAGAAAGUACGAAAAUGGGAGAAGAAAUGGGUGACCGUAGGGGACACAUCCCUGCGCAUCUACAAGUGGGUCCCGGUGACAGAGCCCAAAUCCGACGAUAAAAACAAGAACAAGAAGAAGGGGAAGGAUGAGAAGUAUGGUUCGGAGGUAACCACUCCAGAGAACAGCUCCUCUCCAGGGAUGAUGGACAUGCAUGACGACAACAGCAACCAGAGUUCCAUCGCCGACUCCUCCCCUGUCAAACAGGAAACCAGCUGCAGCACUAGCCCUGCCCCCGAGCCCAGCGUCGCAUCCCAACGCGAAGGCAGCGAGACCAAGAGUGACCAAAGCCCUGACAGCAAGAGGGCAGGCAAGACUCUCCCCUCCACAGAAACCUCAGAGAGACCAGCGAGCGUGAAGAGAGACAGCCAGCCUUCCUCAGGGGAGAAGGAGCCCACAGACGGCAGCAGCAAAGCCACUCAGGACCUGGAGCAAGAGGCCCCACCAACCAAGAAGAGCAAACAGGAGUCUUCGUCUCAGGACAUAGAGGAGAGUUAAAUGUCCCGCGCUAAAAUGUUCCUCCUCCAUCCUCUCCCCCUCUUCUGUACCUCCCUCUGUAGGGCCCCAGUCUCUGUGGGAGAACGGACGUCACCCCUCCAAUCCCCCUCUCUUCCCUCACCUCCUCCCACCAGAGGGAGACUGAGAAUCUAUCUCUCCCCCUCCCUCACCCCACUUGCCCAUUACAGUCCUCUGUAAUAGAGGGAAAAUGGACAUUACCUCUCUUCACUGAACCCUCCCUGCUUCCUCACAAUCUCCCUCUCACUAACGCUAAUAGAGGCUCUGGUCAACUGGCUGUAGUCCCCUCUGUGACCAGGGGUGGCGCUGUGUGUACAGGCCAGCCCACGUGGAACACUGACCUGCACCUGUGACUGAAAACACACUGAUGAUGGGAUGUGAAUGCUGGAACCCACACAUCAAUCAGACGACUUCUACGCAAGGCCUCUUUAAACCUCCCACUAACUCACCUCCUGUUGGUCCAAAAAUCCACGCUGGUUUAGAAUACAUUUAGUCUUAUUAUUUUCCCCCAAACAAAUUUUGUUUUUUUUUUCGCUCAGGAGGGUCAAUGCACUGUUAAGGAAUAUCACAAUCUAUCACAGAUAGUUUUGCUGCUGUAGUGGAUGUCAUUUUUUUCCUCAAUGUUUCUUUUGCCAGUUGUAUUUUGAUCAGCUAGUUAGAAAGAACACAGGUACUGGUGGAGUUUCUGUCCAAUAGUAGAGGCAGGCUUGUGUUACCAUGGUUGUGUUACCAUGGUUGUGUUACCAUGGUUGUGUUACCAUGAUACAACAUACUUAGUAGGUCAAAUGGCUUAAUGACAUUUUUGGUGCCAUGUUUAUUUUUUUUGUGUUAUUAUUUUUGCCUUAUAUUUUGAAUAGGUCAUUAUUGAAGUGACACUAAUAAUUUCAUUCAAUAUUUACAUUCAUCUCUACAGUUAAAUGUUAAUGCGUUAAUUCGUUAAUGCAAUCUUUAUUUUUUUUAUCGAUACCCGGUGGAGAUCUUCCUGUAAACAGUGGAAGAUGUGAUGGUAUCUGUAGUCUCCUGCUACUCCCGUUGCUAGUCAAUUUCAGCUUCAACUCCCCAGUUUUCCAGUACAAUGUAGUCGGCUUCAAUAAGAAACAGGCUUGAACUGGCCCGCAGGUUACGGUUUCUGACUUGGUCCACCGCCUCCGUCAACUCUGUAAAUGUACUGUUACUUUUAAAGAUUUUACCUAUAAACAGCGCAUAGCCCUCAGCGGGGAAACGGAUCUUGUCGUUCGAGGUCUAUAGCUCCCUGCCUCUUUAAGGUGCUGUCUUUUGGCCGAAUCCGUAGGUGUAGACGUGACACUAAAACAGAUCUUCACUUUUUUUUCUUUCUUCUUUUGUCGUACUUAUAUAUUUCCCAUCGAUAUCACUCUGUGGUGAAUGUGAAAGUUAGAGCAAGGAUUCGGCCAUAUGACCUCCAAUGUCCAACCUCAAACCUAUUUAUAUGAUUUGGGUGCAUCAAUUAAUAUAAACAUGUUUAUGAUCCAUUAAAUACGUUUCACUGCAAGUCAGUGACUGGACAUGGCAAGAAUGAGCAUUACUUGAUCAGAUGAUGCCAGUGGACAGAUUAAAUCAUCAGUUACAUGGAUGGAUGGAGAGAGAGAGAACACUUAACUGUCUCAGUUUAGAGGAUGGCUUAGCAUAUACCUCAUUCCCAGUCCAUCAGAGCUGGUACUAAAGAUGCUAUGUAUUAACCCUAACCGUUAUAAAAGCAUUAUGUUCACUCAGUUAAAAAAAAAAUCUCAUUUAUGUUUUAGCUUUCACCGGAUCGAGCCAAUUGCUUAGUUAAACUCUAAAU